AUGCACUUUGAGAUCUCACCAAACAAGAACGCAAUCACAAUCAAGGGUUCUGCCCAAAUCGUCGCGGAAUUCUUCGGCUACAGCAUCAACAGCAUCCUCUACCAGCGCGGCAUCUAUCCGCCCGAGACCUUCACUCGCGUCGAGAAGUACGGCCUCGGCAUGCUGGUCACCAAAGAAGAUGGCCUGAAGAACUACCUCAACAACGUGCUUAAGCAGCUCAAGGAUUGGCUCAUGACCGGCACUGUGGAGAAGCUUGUUGUGGUAAUCACCAACAUCGACACGAAUGACACCGUCGAGCGUUGGGUGUUCGACAUCAUCACCGAUUUGCCACAGGCCGGGGAGGCGAAGGAGAAGCCUGAGAAGGAGAUCAUGGGCGAGAUUCAGGCAAUCAUCCGUCAGAUCUGCGCAAGCGUCACUUUUUUGCCACUUCUCGAUGGCCCCUGUUCUUUCGAUCUGCUCGUCUACGCUGACAACAAGGUCACCACGCCGCUCGCUUGGGAAGAGUCAGAUCCGAAGUACAUCGCCAAUUCGCAGGUUGUGCGUUUGCGCUCUUUCUCCACCAAGAUCCACCAAGUGGACACAAUGGUCGCCUACGCGGUGCAGGACUAG